AUGAGAAGGAUGACGCCCUUGAGCACCUUGUCCGAGUCGAGUUCCAGUCCGAGGAGGUCAUCGCUCAGCUUCUGGAACUUCUCCGGAGUGAGCUUGUUGAGGAUACCGCGCACCUGCAACGAGCGGAUCGACGGUGAGACCGGCGGCCGACGAGCGAGGGAGGGAGGGGUCGGGACGGGUGGGACGCUACCGACCUUCCGGAAUAUGACGUCGUGCUUGGCAUCGCCGUCGGGCACCUCGUGGUGUCGCAGCGAGGAGGGUGGGACCCAGCGUCGCCGCGGGGGGACGUUGCUCCGCCCCGAGGCGCGCAGCGCGGGCCCCGGCUGCCGCCCGCCGUCCGUCUUGUCGCCGGUGGUGCCCCCCGCGCGCCCGCCGCCCCCCGCGCACCUGCCGCCUGCCGUCGCGCUCCGCCGCCUGCCUGCUGCGUUCCGCUCGCCUCUGCACCGGGCCCUGCGCACACCACGCACUCGUCACACGCGCCGCACCCACCACGCGACGCGCCAUGCCACCAUUCCAACAUAUAUUGUCCCGGCAGCUGCGAGCGGUGGCCGGGUGCCUGCACGCUGGUGCGGCGUCUAUGCCCAGCUCGGGUCACCGCUCAGCGCCCGUGAGCCCGGCGCGGCACGACCCCACCGCCCUGGGGUCGACGAACCCGGCCCGCUGUGCCACACCCCCGCCCGCCGCCCGCCCCUCUACCCGCCACCUCCCUUACCUCUGCAGCCCUAA